UCACUUCGUACUUCGUAGAACCACAUCUUCCAGUAACACUUCACUUUCUUCUAAUGACAGUUUGAGACGCGAGAGAAUGAGGCCUCAGAUCGCGCUGUUUGGUGAUUCGAUAACGGAGCAGUCAUUCAGAUCAGGUGGAUGGGGAGCUGCUCUUGCCGACACUUACACUCGCAAGGCUGAUAUAGUGAAUCGUGGGUAUGGUGGAUACAAUACCAGAUGGGCUUUGUUCUUGCUGCAUCAACUUUUCCCUUUUGACUCUACAAAACCCCCUGUUGCUGCAACAAUUUUCUUUGGGGCUAAUGAUGCAGCUCUUUUGGGAAGAACCAGUGAACGACAACAUGUUCCUAUUGAAGAGUACAAAGAGAAUCUUAGAAAAGUCGUUCAUCAUUUGAAGGAAUGCUCCCCCACCAUGUUAGUUGUGCUUAUUACUCCUCCUCCAGUUGAUGAGGUUGGGCGUAGAGAUUAUGCUCAAUCUGUAUAUGGGGAGAAAGCGAUGGAACUGCCAUAGAGGACAAAUGAAGUGACGGGCCUAUAUGCCAAGCAGUGUGUUGAACUGGCCAAGGAAAUGGGUCUCUGUUCCAUUGAUCUAUGGUCAAAAAUGCAGGAAACCGGGGGCUGGCAGAAGAAAUUCCUAAGUGAUGGGCUGCAUCUGACACCAGAAGGCAAUGCAGUGGUACAUGAAGAAGUCGUAAGAGUGUUCAAUCAAUUAUGGCUUUCUGCUGCAGAAAUGCCAGAUGAUUUUCCUAGCCACUCAGAAAUCGAUGGGAAGAACCCCGAGAAAGCUUUCCAGCAACAAUGCAUUUAGUCUUUUACACCCUUAUAUUUGUUUUCAUUUUACUCUUUGAUCAAAAUUGGAGUCAUGCUCAAAAAAAAAAAAAAAAAAAAAAAAAAAAAAAAAAAAAAAAAGGGAUCUCAUUUUACACCCCAAAUAGUUAAGAAGUCGCUAAUCUUCGAUGAAUGCAUCAUGUAUGCUCUUACCGUGUGCUGUUAAUGAAUACACUUUCAGUUCUAUCUAGCGAUUCCUG